AUGUAUAUAUUGUCUUAUGUUAUAGUACCAGAAACUUGUACGGAUAUGUUUCGAUAUACUAUUGAAUCGUUAUUUAUUACUCAUGCUGAACCAAAUCUUAAUACGAUUGGUAAUGUUUUGAAUGAGGAUCCAAACAUUGGUUAUUAUCCUAUGAAUAAUCCAUGGUUGAUUCGUAGUGAUCAAUGGUGUCAAGGAUUAUUACGUCGACCUCAACUAAAAAGUACAACAUCGAAUGAAACUGUAACAACUAAAUGA